UAAAGAAGCAUUUUAAGAAAAAAUUGGAAUUCUUGGACCAAUUGGCAAGAAUUACUUUAUUUUAAUAUUAGAUUUUUCUAGGCUAGUCAAUAGUAAUAUUUAUUGCCACGCUUCUUUAAAUUUCUCAAAGUAUUGAAGAAUGACUAUGAUGGUUAAAUUUGUCCCAGUACUCGAGUUCAUACCUAACUACUAUUUUUAACUUGCUGAUAGAACAUAAUAAACCUUAAAAAAUUUUGGAAUAGUUUAAAAGUUUUAUCAAAAGAGACUAAUUUGCCAUCUUCUUAUUUCUAAAGUUAUCCAUAAAUAUUUUGUAUUUUAGCAUGAUGAAAAGAAUUGUAUUGAACAAUUAACUUGAAAAAUGAAAGAAGAAGCUGUUCCCUGAAAUAAUUUGCGACUCAAAUAUAAAUGGCCCUAAAUUCUCAUAUAUAAAAU